CUAUAAUUAUGUAUAUGUCAAUAUGUCAUUAUUUCUUUAAAUUGAACAAAAAUAAAUAUAUUACAAUUAUUUUCCUUUAAUUUUUAUCAAAAUGUCUGCUGCAAUGCUAACGGCAGAAUGGUUCUUACUGGGAAGAGAUGCAUAUUACAGAAAAUUUGAAAUAUAUUCUAUGUCAUGGCAUCAAGAAGUUAAUAUAGAGAAUUAUAUAGCAUCUUCGGCUUCUUACGGAGGCCCUAUAGCCAUUAGAAGAGAUGACCAAAAGAUUCUUAAAGUGCAGGGGUCUGGACAACCAAUUAUUUCCAUUUUUUCUGGAUCUGGCAAACAGAUAGCUUCAUUCAAGUGGAGUAGACGGCCCAUUGUUCACAUGGGCUGGACAAAUGAUGAAGAACUUCUUUGUAUACAAGAAGAUGGUAUGGUAGUCAAACAUGACAUGUUUGGAAAGUAUCUUCAUACAUUUAGCAUAAGCCAAAAGGUUCAAGAUUCCAAAGUUGUUGAUGCUAAAAUUUUUACCAGUCCUCAAAAUUUCACUGGCAUCGCUGUAAUGACGUCUAAUUUCAAAAUAUUUGUUGUUAAUAACAUCAAUGAUCCAAAAACAAGACAAUUGUCUGAACUUCCAAGAUCAGGAAUUCAACCUACUAGCUGGGCUAUAGUUUCUGAUGAUAAGACUGAAGUUUUAAUAGCAAGAAGUGUAGAACUCUAUAGACUGAAACAAGAUGAACACCACACAAGUGCAAUGCUUGAACCGGAUAUCACCAACAAAUACACAUCAAUCAUAAAAAUGUCUGUUUCAUUAAAUGCACACCAUCUGGCGUUGUUUACGGAUUCUGGAUUUUUGUGGUUGGGUUCCACAAAUUUGAGGACAAAAUACUGCGAAAUCGAUUGUGACAUGGUUUUUAGACCAAAACAUUUACUUUGGUGUGGUAAUGAGGCUGUUGUUCUGUAUUGGGAAAAAGACAACACUUUUUUAAUAGUUGGUAAACACGGUCAAAAAUUAAGUUACUUUUAUGAUGGAUCGGUUCAUUUGGUACCAGAAAUAGAUGGUAUUAGGAUAAUUUCGAAUACGCAACAUGAACUACUUCAAAAAGUACCAGAAGUUGUUCAAAAGAUUUUUAGAAUUAACAGCACAGACCCUGGUAGUUUUCUGUUAGAAGCCUCAAAACAAUUUCAAAAAGGUAGCCAUAAAGCAAAUGAAUACAUUUGUUUAGUUAAAAAUGAUCUGGAGACUGCAGUCAACCAGUGUAUAGAAGCAGUAGGAUAUGAAUUUGACACUGACGUUCAAAAAUUGUUAAUAAGAGCAGCACAAUUUGGUAAAUGCUUCAUUCCAGACAUGAGAUCUGAUAGUUAUGUAAAUAUGUGUAGACUUUUGAGAGUAUUGAAUGCUGUCAGAGACCCCAAAGUGGGGAUACCCAUUACUAUUACACAGUUAAAUUACAUGAAAAGAAGGAAGCAAGACAUACUGAAGCGGCUUAUAACAAGGAAUUAUUAUUAUUUGGCUUUACAAAUUGCCAAAUACUUGAAAUUACCAGAGGAAGACGGAACAAGCUAUAUUUUGGUCCACUGGGCAAAAUAUAAGGUCAGCCAGUCACAUUUAGAGGAAGAAACGGUAGCUAGGGAAAUUGCUGAAAAGUUGGGGUACUCUUCAGGCAUUUCUUACAGUGAAAUUGCCAGUACUGCUUCAGAAUAUGGGAGAAAAAAAUUGGCUAUAAAGCUUCUAGAUUACGAGUCUAAAGCAAGCGACCAAGUAAAACUGCUUUUAGAAUUAGGAGAAAACGUACCAGCGUUAGUUAAGGCGAUUGAAAGUGGAGAUACAGAUUUAGUGUAUAUGGUUAUAUUGAAAUUAAGAGAAAAUAUGCCGUUGGGAGACUUUAAGAUGACUAUUAGAAAUUUUCCUGUAGCUCAAUCCCUGUUUAUUAAAUACUGCAAAGAGCAUAAUACCCAAGCUUUAAGUGAAAUAUACAUUCAAGAAGAUGAUUUCUGCGCCCAAGCCGAGAUGUUUAUCCUUGACAGUUUAGACGAUAAGAAAAAUCACAUGAAAGACGCCCUUCUCACCUCGGCAUUGGAGGCUUACAAAAAAGGUCGCAAAGAUUUAUAUGUCUCAAUGUGCGACGAAUCAAUAAAAUUAAUUCGUUUCCAACGAGACGUAGAGGAUAAAGUACCAAACGCAAAAAAUAAAUUUAUCGGAAAAUCCGUACAAGAUACUUGCAAAACAUUGCUAGAAAUGAAAGAGACGAAAUUGGCCGAGAAGUUUAAAAACGAUUUCAAAAUACCCGAUAGAAGAUACUGGUGGUUGAAAAUAAACAGUUUGGCCAAACACAACGAUUGGAUCGAGUUGGAAAAAUUCUCGAAAUUAAAGAAAUCCCCUAUAGGAUAUGCGCCGUUUGUGGACGUUUGUUUGCAGCACGAUAAACGCCAGGAAGCUCUCAAAUAUUUACCUAAAGUUAGCGAGGACAUAAAGGUUAAAUAUUGCAUCAAAGCAGCGUGCUUAGAAGAAGCAGCAGAUAUAGCUUACCAUCAGAGAGACAUGCAGAGUCUUCUGUAUGUCCAAAGCAAAUGUGGAAACCAAUUUGCUCAGAAUCAAUUAGCUGAAAAAAUAAAUACAAUGAUAAUGCAGCUGGAUUCUAAAAAAUAAUAAUUAUUAGGUUUCGAAAAUAUACAUCUAUAUCCGUAAAAUGUUAUAAAUUUGUUAUAAUUUCUUUUUUGAAAUAUGUAUUUAGUCUCAUUAUGUUAUUUGAUAUAUUUAUGUGAUAUUUAGGUAAAACAAACAUUUUAUUAAACCAAAUUAUUAUUUA